AUGGAGAUGUGGAUCGAUGUGGUCUGGGCAGAUCACCUCUGCAUUUGCACCAUCUUGGUGCACCAGUGGGUGCUGCAGCGCUAUGGGGUUGGCAGAUUUGUCACCUUCGAUGCCCAGAGCCAGCGCUUGUGGCUCCGUAGAACCAUGAGCCAACCGGGCACCCCCAGCUCUGUAGUCAUGGCUUCCAGGGCUUCCAUGGCACAGGAGGAAGUGAAGCUGAAGGACGAGAGCUUGGGGACCUGGGGGAGCAAUUUCCGUGACUCGCAUACGGAGACUUGGCGACUGCGGGGACCCAGCGGAACCCGGGUUGUUUUGCUCCCUUUCGUUCACAAGAAGAAGGGCAGGCCGCAAAAGAUUCAAAUUCAAGAACUAUUGCAGGCCCUAGGCAAGAAGAAUCAAGCAGAGACGCUGCAUACAGUUCUGCAGAUUUUGCGGCAAGAGACAGGACUCUUAGAUCUCUGGCACUACACCGCUGCCAUGGUGGCUUUCACGCAGAUGAGCUACUGGCCUCGAGCAUGCCAGCUAUUUGCGGAGCUGCAGGCCGAUCAGCUGCAGCCCGACCUGGUGAGUUACACUGCGGCCAUCGGAGCCAAUGCCACAGGCGGAUGCAUCGAUGGAGCGCGGAAGUUGUUUCAAUCCAUGCCUUUGCAGCAACUUCAGCCCAAUGUUUUCUCCUAUGGCGCCUAUUUGAACGCCUGCGAGAAGAUGGGACGCUGGGAGGAAGCCUUGCAAAUGUUCCAGUCCAUGCGCAGCUCAAAGGUGCAACCGAAUGUUGUGAGCUUCAAUUCCACACUUAGUUCAUUAGAGAAGGCGCAUCAAUGGCUGCGCGGACUAUGGCUCUUUUCAUCCUCCGAUAUCCAUGAUGCGAUCAGCUUCAAUGCUGCCAUCAGUUUAUGUGAGAAGGUGACGCAAUGGAAACGAGCUCUUCGGAUUUUCGAGUCCAUGGUCACGUUCCAGGUGAGUCCGGACGUGGUCAGUUUCAGUGCAGCGAUCUCUGCAUGUCAGAAGGCUUGGCAGUGGCAGCAGACCCUGCAGGUUUUCACAGCAAUGAAUUCAUCGCAAGUUGCUCCGAAUUUGAUUUGUCUUAAUGCCCUCAUCAGCAGCAUCGGUGAGAGCAUGGGACAUUGGCAGUUGGCUGCGAGUUUCUUUCAGUCACUGCUGCUGGGUCAGCUGGCGGAUGGCGUCAGCUGGAACGCCCUGCUGAGUUCAUGUGGCAAGGCGCAGCAGUGGCAAGAGGCCCUGCAGUACCACCUGAUGCGAAGCGCUGCGCAGGCUGCGGAUGAGGUGAGUAUGAGUGUCGUGAUCACCUCCUGCGCGAAGGCAACGCAGUGGCAACGCGCACUGAGUGUCUUCGACGAAAGUCCUCAGUUAUGUUCUCUCGUCAGUCUCUGCGACGUCAUCUCUUCCUGUGAGAAGAGCGGACAGUGGAAGGCAGGUCAAUACUUGAGAACUUUUGGACGUUCUAGAUAUGGUUCGUGAUAGCUUCGACCAUCUGGACCUGCAGUUCUCCUUUGUGGCAUGCAGUGAUGGCUGAGUUGACAAGACCACCAUCCAUGCAUGUCAGCGAGGAAACAUCUUAAACCGUUUUAAACAUAGAUGCUGUGCACUGCUGCGCUUUUCACUCUGAGCUGAUCAGCGGCAAGUGUCUUAGUUGUCUUUGGACAUUCUCAUCUCCUAGCCGCCC